AUGAGUCAACAACUGAACAUCAAGUCUGGUGGUGACAAGGGAAACUUCAGUGGGUGCUCAGCAGUGGUGCCGAGGAAGGUCGUGGGCAGUGUGACUUCUUAUCAGGCAGCUGGCGAAGGGGCUGGAGCUGGCUUUGGCAGUCGGAGCCUCUACAGUCUGGGAGGGAAUCGGUGUAUUUCCUUCAAUGUGGUAGAUGGUGGUGUUCGAACUGGAGGCUAUGGCUUUGGGCAUAGCUCUGGGCAUGGAGGGGGCCGAGCCAGUGGCUUUGCUGGCAGCAUCUUUGGCAGUGUGGCCCAGGGACUUGUGUGCCCACCUAUGUGCCUACCUGGGGGCAUACACCAAGUCACUGUCAACAAGAGCCUCUUGGCCCUCCUCAACAUGGAGCUGGACCCUGAGAUCCAGAAAGUACGCACCCAGGAGCGGGAGCAGAGCAAGGCGCUGAACGACAGGUUUGCCUCCUUCAUCGACAAGGUGCGGUUCUUGGAAUAGCAGAACCAGGUUCUGGAGACCAAGUGGGAGCUGCUGCAGCAACUGGACCUGAAUAACUGCAAGAAGAACCUGGAACCCAUCUUUGAGGGCUACAUGGGCAACCUGCAGAAGCAGCUGGAGACGCUGUCUGGAGACAGGGUGAGGCUGGACUCGAAGCUGAGGAACAUGCGGGACGUGGUGGAGGACUACAAGAAGAGAUAUGAGGUGGAGAUUAACAAGCACACGGCAGCUGAGAAUGAGUUUGUGGUACUCAAGAAGAACGCAGAUGCAGCCUAAGAGGCCAAGGUGGAGCUUCAGGCCAAAGUGGACUCUCUGGAGAAAGACAUCAAGUUCCUUAAAGGUCUGUACGAUGCGGAGAUCGCCCCGAUGCAGACACCAGCCAGUGAGACCUCCGUCAUCCUGUCCAUGGACAACAAUCGGGACCUGGACCUGGACACCAUCAUCGCUGAAGUCCACGCCCAGUAUGAGGAGAUCGCCCUGAAGAGCAAGGCUGAGUCUGAGGCCCUGUACCAGAGCAAGAUCCAGGAGCUGCAGCUGGCAGCCAGCUGGCACAGUGACGACCUCAAACACAUCAAGAAUGAGAUGUCAGAGCUGAACCGGCUCACCCAGAGGAUCUGGUGUGAGACUGGAAAUCUGCAGAAGCAGUGCUCUAACCUGGAGACGGCCAUUGCUGACGCUGAGCAGCAGGGGGACAAUGCCCUGAAGGACGCCCGGGCCAAACUGGACGAGCUGGAGGCAGCCCUGCACCAAGCCAAGGAGGAGCUGGUCUGGAUGCUGCACAAGUACCAGGAGCUCAUGAGCCUGAAGUUGGCCCUGGACAUGGUCGCCACUUACUGCAAGCUGUUGGAGGGCGAGGCGUGCAGGAUGUCUGGUGAGAACCCAUCCCCCGUGAGCGUCUCUGUCAUCAGCAGCAGCAGCGGAAGCAGCUAAGUCUAUUACCCCAGCUCCGUGAGUGCCGACCUCGGGGCCAGCAGUGUGGUUGGCGGCACCGACAGAGCCCGAGGUGGGGACACCAAAGCCAAAGGGGCCCGAGUGGGAGACCCCAAGGACUCCCAAGGCAAGGGCACCCCAGUCGGCACUCCAGCCUGGAAAAGCAUCCGAUAG